AUGAAUACGUAUUCACCCCCAUUCAAAGUUCGAACAAAAGUAUCUUGGCCAGGUGAAGAAGAAGGCGAUUUAGGGUUCAUGGAGAAUGAGAUUGUCCAUGUUCUUGCAAUUGUGGAUGAAAGUUGGUGGUCAGGAAAGUUGAGGAGGAAUGGCAGAGAGGGAAUCUUCCCCAAGGAUUAUGUUGAAAUAAUCGAGGAUUUGCUUCCCAAGUCAACAUCUAGUCAGUCAAUAGCCACGCCUAAAAAGUUACUGUCUAAAGCGGUUAUUAAUAAUGAAAUUGUGAAAGCCAACUCUUCGGACUCACCUUUUCAUAAAUCUUAUCCUAAUCCAUCGAAGCCCCAGCUUCAAGUGACCAAUAAGCGUUGCGGACCUAACACGUCCUUCAACGUCGAACAGAGCUUUGAUGAUAGUUUCAAUAAUUUGGAUCCCGAUCAAUGUACACCAAAAUCGAAGACUCCAACGCCUCUGAAGAAAAAGAGAUAUUCAGCUGAUUAUGUAUCUCCCUACAACAUGUCAAGCGACAACAUGAAAGAUUACAAUACGCAUGAAGAUAUAAUCAGGCAGAAGGAAAAUGAGAUCCAAUAUCUCAAGUACUUGAAGCAACAAAAUAAUAGUGUAAUCAAUUCUAUCAUUAAUCAACAGAAACGUGCUCUGUUUCAUCAACAAGAUGUGUUAAAUAGCGCAGCUGGUUCUCCAAGCCUGAGAGUAACGACGCCGAAGAGCUCCAAGCAUACGUCUCCGUAUAAUAAUCCAGAUAGUGCAAAAUCGUAUUCAAGAAAAUCGUUAACGACGGAAGAUAAGCUUCUGCCGUUUCGAGGCUCUAAUUCUCCUUUGAUGAAACGUGAUCGCUUUAUGGAACUGGAUCCUUCUUUUUUUUCAAGAGAGGUUUACCCAGAUUCCGAUGACAUAACUUUAAAGAGGAAGCAACUAGAGAUGGAAUUGCGUAGAAUAAAACAAUUAGAAUCCUCUGUCCAACGGAAACAACGUUUACAUGGACUUGCCUUGUCUAAGCACGAUAAAAUUGAAGGAGAUCCAUCUUAUGAUUCGGGAUACAUCAGUGAAGAUUUAAUCUCGUCCAAGAAAAAUUACUUUGAUUCUAGGGAUGAGUUAAGCAGAAAGUUGACUUCGUACAUCUCAGAUGAAGAGAAUGACGGUGAAUCAGGGUCUCCACCCCCACCACCUCCCCCGAAGCACACAGCUCCAGUUAAAGCGUUCCAUUUUUAUGACCAAGAGUUAAAUCAAGAGACUGACAGAAAAAGCAACAGGAAAUGUCCUUAUGAUGCAGACGAUUUUAAAAUUUCCGGUCAUUCUGAGAAAAGGAUAGCUGUUUCGGAGGAUGAACUUCUCAUGCUUUCUCAAAUGCAACAUGAGGAUUUGAAAAACUCUAUAAAGUCUUUGCAAAGUGAUGUAUUAAACUUGUCUGAAUUAAGUGCAACGAGUGCUGGUAGCUUUAUGAGGCAUAAAUACCAGAAAGAACAACAACAGCAAGAAUUCAGGUUUAAGAAACUCACUCUUGAUGAAGACGAAGAAAAUUCUGUGGGUAACAAUAGCCAAAAGAGUGAUCUUAACAAAGAACUUAUGGAGAAUAUGUUUCAAGAUAAAAAAGCAAGGCAUCCGAAUAUAUUUAAAAAACUUAUUCAGAGAAAGAGGGAUGAAGACAACGUCAAUCCAUUGGAGCAAAAAUUAUCGAAAGACCUGGAGGUUAACUGGACCACGUUAAAAUCUGAUUUGAAUAGAGUGAACACUUUGACAUCGCAAGACAAGCAGUCUAGAACAAAGAGGGUCGUAAGGGAGAUCGGAACGUUAAUCGUUAAGCCUUUUGACUAUGUCACUGAGAUUAAUACAGAUGAAGUAACCGGUGAAAUUGACGAUGAUUUCCCAGAAUUAGAUUUUUCAAAAUUGUCUUUUGAGAAAGUUGAUAAGUUUAUGAGCGGCUACGAGAUAUCAAUUGAUAUCAACGAAUUAAUUUCAGAUAUAAGUGUGAAAUUUCAUUCUUUUCAAGUAUUUCAAAUUAGAGCUGUUCUCAUUCAUUUGUGCAAAUUUAGGAUUAUCCAAGAACCGAAUAAGAUACUGCAGCUUAAGCCAAGGCUAGGUGAGAUAUUACAUAAGGGCGAAGCCUCAAUUUAUCAGCUUAACUAUUUAUUCAAGAAAAUACUUGGUGCUUUAGGGAUUCAUUCUGAAGUAGUUUUGGGCUUCUGGAAAAAGCCAAGUGAAUUCUAUCAUGAUGAGCAAUAUGUCAUCAAUCACAGCUGGCUCUCAGUUUUAGUCAGCAAUCGAUUCAUGAUCUUGGACUUGUUGUCGUUUAAGAAAGGAACCCUUUGCAAUAUUCGAAACAGAAAGGACGGUUUCAACGAAUUUUACUUCUUAUGCAAACCGAUGAGUAUCAUAUCAACUCAUAUUCCAUCAAACAUAGAAUUGCAACAUGUAGUUCCUCCAAUUGAUCAAUGCGUCGCUUUUCAUUUACCAAGACUUUAUUCGGGCUUCUAUAACAACAGGCUUAAAUUCAUGAACUUUAAUAAUGCUUUAACUAGAUUGAAAGAUUUAGAGAUCUUUGAGGUUGACUUGGAGAUCCCUGUUGACGUCGAGCUCUUUACUUUGAUCAAAACGGCGAAGACCACGACCAAUGAGUCCUGUUUGUGUCAAGUAAAAUGGGUUAACAAUAGGCGGACAGCUAAGAUAAAAGCAAUUCUUCCAAAUGGUGAAAAAAUUGGCGUCUUGCAAGUAUUUGCGGGACCUAAAGGGAUUCAGAAAUAUUUCGACAACAUUCAUGAAUUGGCUAUCGUGGUACCAAUCUACCAUGAGGGAAUACAAAGAGAUUGUAAAUUCGUCCCCAGAUUUCCUACUGUUCAAAGUCAAGAUAAUGACUUGUAUAUUGAACAGCCACAAGUUAGUAAAGUGAUAAUUAAAAAUUCAUACAACUUUCAAGUGUAUCAGUAUCCUUCUAGAGACUUGAAUUCUGGAACUGGCUUAAUGAUUCAGGACUUUAAAUUGGUAAUAGAAUCGCCAUCAGGAAAGUACUUCAAAUUGAACAAACAAGACCCAAUUGUGCCUUAUGGGCUUUACGAAGCUAACAUUAAAUGUCAAGAAGUUGGGCUCUACAGAGGUUUAGUCAUUGGCGAUACCGGUAAUAGCUGGUAUGUCUUCACACAAUGGGAGUGCGUGCAAGGAACAGUCACAAAUUAA